AUGGCGGCGUCCAUUGCGCGGCGAUGGCCAGGAUGGCUGCCCUGUCCCUUCCAAAGUGCUUGCCGCCCAUCCCGAGAGACGUCAAAGCUGGGAAGGGGGAGAACCCUCAGUAGCAACAGCGGGGUCCCAAACCGCACCCGGAAUCUUCUAUACGACCACGUGCGGGAGGGCUACAGCGCACGCCCCCAGCUGGACAUGGAGAGACUAUGCGCGCACCCGGAAGAAACGGCGCGCGCCUUGGAGCAUCGCAAGGGGGAGCUAAGACCUGCCGACCUGCCGGAGAUUAUUUCUACAUGGCAAUCCCUGGGAAAACUUAGGGAAGAGAUUCGAGCCCUGGAGGAGGAGAAGGCAAGUGUGGCCCAGCGGAUAAAAGCCCUUGUGGUCAGCCAGGACAAGGACUUGCUCGAGCAGGAUCCCACAUAUCGGGCCACUCGGGCCCAGGGAAAGUCCAUCCGGACACGCUUGACAGCCCUUUAUGCCAACGAGGCCCGUCUGGAAGAGCUUUUCUAUACUCGGGCGCUUCGACUCCCCAACCAGACACACCCUGAUGUGCCUGUUGGGGAUGAGAGCCAGGCCCGGGUCCUGGAGGUGGUUGGAGAGAAGCCAACCUUCUCCUUCCACCCCCGGGGCCACCUGGAGAUCGGGGAAAAGCUGGAUGUCAUCCGGCAGAAGCGGCUGUCUCACGUGUCUGGCCAGCGGUCCUACUACCUUCGAGGCCCCGGAGCCUUGCUGCAGCAUGGGCUGGUCAGCUUUACUCUCGGCAAACUCGUCCAAAGGGGCUUCACGGCCAUGACGGUCCCAGACAUGCUCCGAGGAGCUGUGUUUGAGGGCUGUGGGAUGAGCCCCAAUGCCAGCCCCUCUCAGAUUUACAACAUUGAUCCUUCCCGAUUCGAGGACCUCAGCCUGGCAGGGACCGCAGAGGUGGGGAUUGCAGGAUACUUCAUGGAUCACGCGGUGUCUUGGAAGGACCUGCCCCUCAGGGUAGUCUGUUCCAGCACCUGCUAUCGGGCAGAGACGCACACAGGGAAGGAGCCUUGGGGACUCUUCAGAGUCCAUCACUUCAGCAAGGUUGAGAUGUUCGGGCUGACGCAUUCAGGAACGGAACAUAGCUCAGGGCUGCUGGAGGAGUUUGUGUCGUUGCAGAAGGAGAUCCUGACAGAGCUGGGCCUGCACUUCCGGGUCUUGGACAUGCCCACCCAAGAGCUCGGCCGUCCUGCCUACCGCAAGUUUGACAUCGAGGCCUGGAUGCCGGGUCGAGGCUGCUUUGGGGAGGUCACCAGCGCCUCCAACUGCACGGAUUUUCAAAGCAGGCGGCUUCAUAUAAUGUAUGAGACAGAGGAUGGGGACUUGGAGCACGUGCAUACGGUCAACGGGACUGGCUGUGCAGUGCCUCGGGUCCUCAUCGCCCUCCUGGAAAGCAACCAGCAGAAGGAUGGCUCCGUUCUGGUGCCCGAAGUCCUCCAGCCCUACGUGGGCACUGACCGGAUCUCUGCCCCCAGACACACCCCCCUCAGAUACAUUGGGCCCAACCAGCCCCGGCCGCGCCAAUGAGCCCAGGGCACCGACAAGGGCUGCUGCUGAAGGUGGUUGUCCGAGGCCGUCUGCGCCGGGCUGGGCUCCCUGGGCAGGACGCUGGCACUGGCUGGCGGGUGGGGGCGACAGAUGCCAGGCUAUGCUACCUCCUUUUGGCACAAUAAACUGCAGUGUGGCCACA